AUGAAGAGACCCAGAGGUACAGAAGCCUUUCCAGCCUCCUUCCCACGAGGCAGCUUUGCAGACAAGAAUCUGCUACCCCUGACACCUGGGCAGCUGGCAGCAUUCCAGGAUGUCUUCAAACUGUUCAGCUCCAGCCCGACAGGCACCACGGACACGCGCAAGAAAGCUGCCCAGUGCCAUGUGGGUGUCCAGCUAAGCCCGCAGGAGAUGUGUGAGGUUCUACGGCAGGCAGACUUGGAUGGUGAUGGAACCGUAAGCUUCAAAGACUUCCUGGUUGUCCUCACUGACAGCCACCGACUCGCUCAGUGCUUGGGCAAGGUGAGGAACAGCCGGGUCUGUGAUCCCCAGGGCUUGCAAACGCUCUUCUUAGAGAUGCUGUUCAAGCUGAUGAGUCUGGGCUUUGUGCCCUUCAAGUCGGUACAGGAGGUGAUGAGCCACUACUCCAAGAAGCAGCGGUCUCUGCGGCUGAACUCGAACCGGAAGGGCGGGUCCGGCGGCCACGGCCGCACCUCGCGCUCUCAGGCGGGCCUCGCGAUCUUCCGCCAGGCCGCGCACCUUAGCGGCCUUUCCAGUGCCGAGCUGGCGUGCUCGCUGCACGGACUGCACAAAGCGGGUGCGCGCAGCGCCUACUCCCAGAUACCUAACCUGAACGGGCGGACGCAGUCAGAAUUCCACACGCGGAACCGAACCCCGCGCCCAGACGUCCGACUUCCCAAGUCCUACCAGCCCAGCCAACCCAAGCGCCGCCCCAACCGUGGGCGGCUCGGCCAAGGUGAAAGACGAAAGAGGCAGGGCCAGCGGGCGGGGCCGGGUCCUGCAGAUAAGGGGCGGGCCGUGUGA